AUGCACAAUUCGUACACACGCGCCGUGGUGGGCCGUUAUUCUCCGCACCCUCGGGUGCUCACACUGCUGUUGCUGGUGCUGCUGUGCUGUACGGCCGGGUGCCUCGCCGCAAGUCACCACCGCUGCAUGCACGACCAGAUGGCCCAGGGAAGCGAGCAGAUGGCGGUUGUGCGGGAGAUACCCCGCAAGGGGCAGGGCGCCGUGCAGGCAUACGCCGCCAGUGCUGCCACCACCGAAGAGCCAUGGCAAUGCCGGCCAACUCAACGUGGUGCCAAGGUCCAGUACUUCGUAUUGUCGGAGGAAGCCAAGAGCCAGCGACGUUUUUCUUCUGGAAGAACCGUUGGCCCUUAG